AGUGUGUAGGCAAAACAAAACAUAUACCCCGUCUUCCCUUCUCUUCUCUUUAGCAUUGACAGGAAAAAAAAAAAAAAGGUUCAGUCCUUUGAUCUCCUUCUUCUUCUUCCUUAUUCUCAACUCUAAUGGCGACCUCAAAACCCCAAAGGUCACCUGAGGAGGUCGAAGACAUUAUCCUUCGAAAAGUCUUCCUCGUUUCUCUCACCGAUUCUUCCGAUUCCGAUUCCAGAAUCGUCUAUCUCGAGCAAACCGCUGCCGAACUCCUAAGCGAGGGCAAACAAUUGAGGAUUUCAAGAGAUAUUAUGGAGCGCAUCAUAAUCGAUCGUCUUUCCGGAAAUUUCCCCUCCGCCGAACCCCCUUUUCAGUACCUAAUCGGCUGCUACCGUCGAGCUCACGACGAGAGUAAGAAAAUCGCUUCCAUGAAGGAUAAGACUCUGCGCUCUCAUAUUGAAAUUUCCCUCAAGCAAGCCAAGAAGUUGACGAUUUCGUAUUGUAGGAUUCAUUUGGGGAAUCCCGAAUUGUUUUCGGGUGCCGAUUUAGGUACUCCUAACUCCAACACUUCGCCUUUGCUUCCUUUGAUUUUCUCUGAGGUUGGAAGCUCCAUGGAUGGAUUUGGGGCUAGUACCAGUGUUGGUGGAGCCUUUCAGUGCCCUCCGGGUUUCCUGGAGGAGUUUCUUCGUGACCCGGAUUUUGAUACAUUAGACCCCAUCUUGAAGGGAUUAUAUGAGGAUUUAAGGGGUAGUGUCCUUAAAGUUUCUGCUCUUGGGAACUUCCAGCAGCCCUUAAGAGCACUUAGGUUUCUGGUCAGCUUUCCUGUUGGUGCUAAGUCUCUUGUCAAACAUCCUUGGUGGAUUCCCACUGGUAAAUAUUCCAAUGGGCGUGUCAUUGAGAUGACAAGCAUUUUGGGGCCUUUCUUCCAUGUCAGUGCUCUGCCUGACCAUGCCAUUUUUAAGAGCCAACCUGAUGUUGGGCAGCAGUGCUUUUCAGAAGCAUCAACUCGUAGACCAGCUGAUUUACUAUCUUCAUUCACUACAAUUAAGACAGUCAUGAAUAACUUAUAUGAUGGCAUUGCGGAAGUUCUUCUCUCCCUUCUUAAGAACACAGAGACCCGUGAAAAUGUUCUUGAGUAUCUUGCAGAGGUGAUAAAUAGAAACUCAUCAAGGGCUCAUAUACAGGUUGACCCUCUCUCCUGUGCAAGUUCGGGCAUGUUUGUUAAUCUCAGUGCCAUCAUGCUACGUCUCUGUGAGCCAUUUCUAGAUGCAAACUUGACCAAAAGGGAUAAAAUUGAUCCAAAAUAUGUAUGUUAUAGUAACCGCUUGGAGUUAAGAGGAUUAACUGCUCUACAUGCUUCAUCGGAAGAAGUUACCGAAUGGAUUAACAAUGGUACUCAGUUGAGAACUGAUAACUCUGGGCAGUCCAGCGACAGUGAAAGUCGCUUGCUACAAUCACAAGAAGCUUCCAGUUCUGGCAGUAAUGCUACUCUUGGAUCUUCUACUGCAAAAGCAAGAUUGAGUAGUGAUAAAACUAGGUACCCUUUCAUAUGUGAGUGCUUCUUUAUGACUGCAAGGGUGCUGAAUUUGGGCUUGUUAAAAGCAUUUUCAGACUUCAAGCAUUUAGUACAGGAUAUAUCUAGGUGUGAAGAUACACUGUCCACGCUUAAAGCCAUGCAGGGACAAGGGCCUGCCCCACAGCUUGAAAUGGAUAUAGCUCGCCUUGAGAAGGAAAUAGAGUUGUAUUCACAGGAAAAGCUUUGUUAUGAAGCUCAAAUACUGAGGGAUGGGACACUAAUCCAGCAAGCUCUUACUUUCUAUCGAUUGAUGGUUGUCUGGUUAGUUGGUUUGGUUGGUGGAUUUAAAAUGCCUCUUCCAUCAACUUGCCCAAUGGAAUUUGCAUCCAUGCCAGAACAUUUUGUGGAAGAUGCGAUGGAAUUGCUUAUAUUUGCUUCUCGGAUUCCAAAAGCUUUGGAUGGUAUCAAUUUGGAUGAUUUUAUGAACUUCAUUAUUAUGUUCAUGGCAAGUCCAGAAUAUAUCAGAAAUCCUUACUUAAGAGCAAAGAUGGUUGAAGUUCUGAAUUGCUGGAUUCCUCGUAGAAGUGGUUCAUCUGUAACAGCAACAUUAUUUGAAGGCCACCAACUAUCGCUCGAGUAUCUUGUUAGGAAUCUUUUAAAACUCUAUGUAGACAUUGAGUUCACUGGUUCGCAUACGCAGUUUUAUGACAAGUUCAACAUCCGUCAUAAUAUUGCCGAACUUCUCGAGUACCUUUGGCAGGUUCCUAGUCAUCGCAAUGCUUGGAGAAUGAUUGCCAAGGAAGAAGAGAAGGGCGUCUACUUGAAUUUCUUGAACUUCCUAAUCAAUGAUAGCAUUUAUCUUCUUGAUGAAAGCCUUAAUAAGAUUCUUGAACUUAAAGAGCUUGAAGCUGAAAUGUCAAAUACCGCAGAAUGGGAACGGAGACCUGCUCAAGAGAGGCAGGAGAGAACUCGGCUGUUUCACUCCCAAGAGAAUAUCAUUCGAAUUGAUAUGAAAUUAGCAAAUGAGGACGUGAGCAUGCUGGCAUUUACUUCAGAGCAAAUCACGGCUCCUUUCCUACUUCCGGAGAUGGUUGAAAGGGUGGCCAGCAUGCUUAAUUAUUUUCUCCUACAACUUGUUGGUCCUCAGCGAAGAUCUCUUAGUCUGAAAGACCCUGAAAAGUAUGAAUUCCGUCCAAAAGAGUUGCUUAAGCAGAUUGUUCACAUAUAUGUUCAUUUGGCACGAGGCGAUUCGGAGAAUAUUUUCCCAGCUGCCAUUUCAAAGGACGGCCGAUCGUACAAUGAGCAGUUGUUCACUGCCGCAGCAGUUGUACUUAACCGAAUUGGAGAAGAUGGUAGGAUAAUACAAGAGUUUAUUGAUCUUGGUAACAAAGCCAAGGAUGCAGCUUCCGAGGCCAUGGAUGCUGAAGCUACUCUAGGAGAUAUACCGGACGAAUUCCUCGACCCAAUCCAAUACACUUUAAUGAAGGACCCUGUGAUCUUACCUUCUUCGAGGAUCACAGUCGACAGACCCGUCAUUCAAAGACAUCUCCUCAGCGAUAGUACUGACCCAUUCAAUCGGUCUCAUCUGACCGCAGACAUGCUAAUACCGAAUGAAGAAUUGAAAGCAAGAAUUGAAGAAUUUAUCAGGUCACAAGAACUGAAGAAGCAACUGGAUGGAGGGGUUGCAAUGCAGAGCAGCAAGGCAACCAUCCAACCCACAAUCGGAGAAAUGUUGAUUGAUUGAUUAAAAGUAGAGAAAUAACAUAAUUGCUUGUUAUCUUAUGGUCUGGGAAUUAAAUAUUUUCUGAAAGAUUUUUAUAUUUGAUGAUUUAUAUUAUUAUCUUUGGGCUCUAUUCAGUGCUUAUGCUGCCUAACCUUGUAAGUUGUAAUAUUUGAAAAUAAAGAUUUGUAACUUAUCAGGAAAGUAAUAACUGGAAAAUGAUCCGAAAGGAAGAAUGAUGAAAUUAUGAAAUGAAAUGAGACUAUAGGUUGAGAAAAA